GCCUUCUCAGAAGCGGUUGAUUACACAUGUAUGUACGCCACGGCGAGGGGUAAUACGAGGAUCGCUUCUCACCAUAUAGUCACUGUACCUAGGUUGAUAGAAUUGAAUAGCACCGGGCACCCGUUGACGUAUAAGUAUGGUAGAAUGCUCCAUCGUCGCCCAUUCUCCAGGUCUGCAUUAAAUCCAAACCUUGCUUUCAUAGUGAGUCGAUUCGCCUGAAACUACCCUCUCCUCAAGCCAAAAUGUCGAACCUAGCGCUGGUGGUGCAUGGGUCCGAGCUCCGACAAGAGUCGAUUGCCAUCCCCUCGCCAGCCCCGCACCAAGUCCUGGUCCGUUUGUCUCACGUUGCUCAGAAUCCGACCGACAUCCAAGCCCUCGAUGGAAAAGCCUUCGGGGAUGGAGCCGUGCUCGGCUGCGAUUUCGUCGGCGAGGUCGUGGCGUUGGGCGAUGCCGUGACGCGAUUUGCCAAGGGGGAUGUCGUGGCAGCCUUGAUCUGGGGUGGCGAAAUCCCCGGUCUCGGCGGGUACAGUCACUACACGCUGGCCGACGAACGCAUCGCCUUCAAGCUGCCUCCGGGGGAUGGGAUCUCCCGCGAGGAAGCGAGUACCGUGCCCCUGGCCGCCGCGACGGCAUGGCUGGCUCUAUUCGCCAAGGGGUGUCUGGAUAUUGAUCGCGAUCGGUGCCAGGGGAGGAGUGUGCUGGUCUGGGGUGGUAGCUCGAGCGUCGGUCUAUACACCGUCCAACUCGCCUCCCUGUACGGCCUCGAGGUAGUGACCACAUGCAGCCCGCGCCACGCCGAUCUGGUCCGCGCGUCCGGCGCCGCGCACGUCUUCGACUACCGGGACGCGGACGUCGUCGACAAGAUCCGCACGGCCGCGCCCGCCCUGCACUACGUCUUCGACACGAUCGGCAACGAAACCUCGUCCGUGAUCGCCUCGCGGGCGGUCCGGGCCGGCGGCAAUGUCUGCACCGUGCGGCCAGGCAAGACCUACAGUGAGAAUGUCGCGUCGGGGGUCCAGGUGACGAGUGUGUUGGUGUUCACGGCGUUCCUGAAGGACCAUUCGUAUGGGCCGUAUAAGUGGCCGGCAUCCCAAGAGGACCAUGAGCUGGCCAGUGAGUUCUUCGACCUUGUGCCGGAUCUACUGGCGUCGGGGAAGAUUAAGCCGAGUCGGCCGAAGGUGCUGGGAGGACUGGAGGCUGUGCCGGAUGGGUUCCAGGAGUAUCGGGAUGGGAAGAUCUCGGGGUAUAAGAUCGUCUAUCGGAUUUGAUGGCACGUGAAUCUAGGGUUGCAGAGAAAAGUUGUGAACGGGAGCUGUAGAUACGACUAAGCUUUAGGGUCAAAGAAAGGCCAAGCGGCCAAGAGGAGAUUGAAACGUGAGGCCGAAGCGGAAAAAGCAAAAAACGACAGCAGUCGGAUUUGAACCGACGCCUCCGAAGAGAAUAGAUUUCUAGUCUAUCGCCUUAGACCGCUCGGCCAUACUGUCUUGUGUGAUAGAACC